UUCUUUUGCAUUUCUGAAUCCAUCUACCCUUCUUUCUCUCCUCUCCGUACUCUUAAAGAAAAAAAAAAAUCCUUUUCUUUUAUUUUUCUACUUUACUUUCUCUCGCCACAAAAUUCGAUUCACUUUCUCCGUCUCUAGUCUCUCCACGGCCUCAAAUCCGCUCCUCUUCACCAUCAUCAUCCUCUUCAAUGUCAGUCCAGUUAGUCCUACGCGUCUACCAGGAGACUACUAAAGCCAUCUAGCGGGCGGAACGCGUGGCCCCCACGCGCACGCGCGUGGCAGGAAGCUCGAAGAGAGCCAACGAUGGUGUUCAAGGGCCGGUUCUUCUCCUCCAAGAAGUCCGACUCCUCUUCCUCCAACAACAACAGCCCCGACGGCUCCUCCAACAGCCCUCGAUCGUUCCUCGGCUCCAACUCUCCCGUCAGAUCCGACAAGAAGAAGUUCAAAGACGGCGGCGGCGGCGGCGGCGGAGGGGGAUUCGCCGCCGUUGCCUGUCGCCAGACACAGGUCAAGGAUGGCGGCGCCGCCAAGAAGAAGGAUUCCAAGGGGAAGGACUCUCCUCAGUCCCACCCUUCCUCGCCGUUGAAGUCCACCUCCGGAAGCUCCAGCUCCAAGUCGUCUUCAGCCAUGCCUGCGGUGGCUGAUGCGAAGGAUGCGCCAUCGCCGCCGUCGCCACAACCUCCGUCCUCGGUCUCGCCCAUUCUAGCCUCGUCGCUCGGGUUGAACCGGAUAAAGACAAGAUCGGGGCCGUUGCCGCAGGAGAGCUUCUUUGGAUUCAGAGGAGACAAAGGCUCAGCGGCCCUCGGGGCGAGUAAUUUGUCGAGGCCUGGUGGUGGCAGCAGCGGCGGUAGUGGUGGUUCGAGUGCGGGGAAGAAGAAGGAAGUGGCAGCGGGGAGUCAUAGUAGAAUGGGCCCGUUGGAGAACGCGUCGAAGAAUUGGGCGGAUAAUGGGAGUAACUCUGAUAGUAUGUCGACUGGGAGCGCAAAGUCUAGGGAUCAGAGCCCCAAUGUGCUGCCUCCUUCGCGGCUGCAGAACGGCGAAUCGUCGUCCGAAGCAGGGAGAUAUGAAUCAUCAUGGGGCACUUCUGGGGGAUUAAGGAGUUCAGAUGUUUGCACCCCUGAGAUUGCAUAUGAUUGUGAGAACCCAAAGGAGUCUGAGUCUCCUCGUUUUCAAGCUAUACUCCGCGUAACAAGUGCACCGAGAAAGAGAUUUCCUGCUGACAUUAAAAGUUUCUCGCAUGAACUGAAUUCCAAAGGUGUACGGCCUUUCCCCUUUUCCAAGCCUCGAGGCUUAAAUAACUUGGAGGAAAUCUUGGUCGUCAUCCGGGCAAAAUUUGACAAAGCGAAGGAAGAAGUAAACUCGGAUCUGGCUAUAUUUGCAGGAGAUUUGGUGGGAGUUCUUGAGAAAAAUGCAGAUAGUCAUCCAGAGUGGCAAGAAACUAUUGAGGACUUGCUGGUUUUGGCUCGAAGAUGUGCCGUGACAUCACCUAGUGAAUUUUGGCUGCAGUGUGAAAGCAUAGUUCAGGAUUUGGACGAUAGGCGCCAAGAGCUCUCUCCUGGUGUGCUGAAGCAACUCCACACACGUAUGCUCUUCAUUCUGACGAGGUGUACCAGACUGUUGCAAUUCCACAAGGAAAGUGGACUAGCUGAGGAUACGAAUCUUAUUCAGCUUCGUCAAUCUAGAGUUCUGCAUUCUGCAGAAAAAAGAAUUCCUCCAGGUGUGGGAAGGGAUAUGAAAAGUUCCAACGCUGCAAGUGCAUCAAAAGCAGCUUCAGCUAGGAAAUCUUACAGCCAGGAGCAGCAUGGUUUUGGCUGGAAGAGAGACAAUGAUGUCCAGCCUGGAAAUUUUCUUACACCCCCAGCUGAGGACACAUCAAAGAACUUGGAGUCACCGGCCGGUAGGGAUAGGAUGGCUUCUUGGAAGAAAUUUCCAUCACCAAGUGGAAAAAGCAUGAAAGAAGCUGCUCAACCGAAAGAGCAGAAUGAUAGUAAGGUUGAACAUCUGAAGACGUCAAACAGGAGGGGAACUUACGACGUGGAUGUGACUGCACAUAAGCCUCAUGAAUCUCAUGCAAAAGAUUCUCACGAUCAUUCUUCCAAGCACCAGCACAAAUUGUCCUGGGGUUACUGGGGAGAUCAGCAGAAUAUAUCUGAUGAGAGUUCAAUAAUUUGUCGCAUUUGCGAGGAAGAGGUUCCAACUUCCAACGUGGAAGAUCAUUCUAGAAUUUGCGCAAUUGCUGAUCGGUGUGACCAACAGGGUCUAAGUGUCAAUGAGCGUCUUGUCAGACUUUCUGAAACCCUUGAAAAGAUGAUAGAGUCCUUGACACAAAAGGAUAAUCAACAUGCAGCAGGAGGAAGUCCAGAUGUCGCAAAAGUAUCAAAUUCCAGUGUCACUGAAGAAUCUGACAUUUUCUCUCCAAAACUAAGUGAUUGGUCACGCAGAGGCUCAGAAGAUAUGCUUGAUUGUUUUCCUGAAGCUGAUAAUUCAGUAUUUAUGGAUGACCUCAAGGGUUUACCUUUGAUGUCAUGUAAAACUCGCUUUGGUCCAAAGUCUGAUCAGGGAAUGACAACAUCAUCUGCAGGUAGCUUGACUCCUAGGUCUCCUUUGUUGACACCAAGGACCAGUCAGAUUGAUUUGCUCUUAGCAGGCAAGGUUGCUUACUCUGAGCAAGAUGAUCUUCCUCAGAUGAAUGAACUUGCUGAUAUUGCACGAUGUGUAGCAAAUACGCCGUUGGAUGAUGAUCGUACUAAUCCAUAUCUACUAUCUUGUCUUGAAGAUUUGAGAGUUGUAAUUGAUCGCAGGAAGUUUGAUGCACUUACAGUGGAGACUUUUGGAACACGCAUUGAGAAGCUGAUUAGGGAGAAGUAUCUGCAGCUCUGUGAGCUAGUAGAUGAUGAGAAGGUUGAUUUGGAAAGUUCUGUAAUUGAUGAGGACACCGCUCUAGAGGAUGACGUGGUUCGAAGCUUGAGAACAAGUCCUAUACAUUCUUCUAGGGACCGUACCUCCAUAGAUGACUUUGAGAUUAUCAAACCAAUCAGCCGUGGGGCUUUCGGACGGGUUUUCUUAGCUAAAAAGAGAACAACAGGAGAUCUUUUUGCUAUAAAGGUUCUUAAAAAGGCUGAUAUGAUCCGUAAAAAUGCUGUUGAAAGUAUAUUAGCAGAACGUGAUAUCUUGAUUUCAGUCCGCAAUCCUUUUGUGGUUCGCUUCUUCUAUUCAUUUACUUGUCGUGAAAAUUUGUAUCUUGUGAUGGAGUAUUUGAAUGGAGGGGAUUUGUAUUCGUUACUGAGAAAUUUAGGUUGCUUAGGGGAAGAUGUCGCUCGUGUGUAUAUAGCAGAAGUGGUGCUUGCUUUAGAAUAUUUACAUUCACGUCAUGUAGUUCAUCGUGAUCUGAAGCCUGAUAAUUUAUUAAUUGCUCAUGAUGGUCAUAUUAAGUUAACGGAUUUUGGGCUCUCAAAAGUUGGUCUCAUCAACAGUACUGAUGAUUUAUCUGGGCCAGCAGUUAGUGGGACUUCUCUAAUGGGAGAAGAUGAGCCUGAAUUGUCUGUGUCUGAGCAUCAGCGAGAAAGGCGAAAGAAGCGUUCUGCUGUGGGCACACCUGACUAUUUGGCACCAGAGAUACUAUUGGGAACAGGACAUGGUGCAACUGCUGAUUGGUGGUCAGUUGGUGUCAUUUUGUUUGAACUGCUUGUUGGAAUUCCACCCUUCAAUGCAGAGCAUCCUCAGACAAUAUUUGAUAAUAUUCUCAAUCGUAAUAUACCGUGGCCUCAAGUUCCUGAAGAAAUGAGUCCAGAAGCACAUGAUUUGAUUGAUAGAUUAUUGACAGAAGACCCUAACCAGAGACUUGGAGCUGGAGGAGCAUCGGAGGUGAAGCGGCACGUAUUUUUCAAGGAUAUCAACUGGGAUACACUUGCCAGGCAGAAGGCUGCAUUUGUUCCGAUGUCAGAUGGUCCACUAGAUACUAGUUACUUCACAAGUCGUAUUUCAUGGACUACUUUAGAUGAACAUGUUUACCCACCUAGUGAACUUGAUGAUUCCAGUGAUGCUGAUAGUUUAAGUGGCAGCAAUAGUGGCAUGAGCACUGGUCAUGAUGAAGUGGGGGAUGAAUGUGGAGGUCUUGCUGAAUUUGAUUCAGCCUCAUCCGUCAAUUAUUCCUUCAGCAACUUUUCGUUUAAGAAUCUCUCCCAGCUUGCAUCCAUCAACUACGACCUGCUUUCGAAGGGCUAUAAGGAUGAUCAUCCCCAACAAUUCUAAUGUCGAGAUGCUGUCUUCGUGAAGACAAGGGACUGUAUUUUUUGACAUUGGAUCACUUUGCGCUAUUGAAUGGGCCUAAUCACCUGUUUCUUUUGUAAACUGUAUACCCUGUACAUAGAUUGAAAGUGAAGAUACUGAAACUGGUUGGGGAUGUGCUCUUUCCUCGUUUAGGUAACAUGUCCACACCGUGGGGUCUCAAUUUUACCAUUUUUGUUGUAAUUGAGAAUGUUUAAAUGUACGUUGAGUGAUUAGUGACGCUGUGUGCUGGUUAACAGUGUUUCUCCCAUGGUACUACACGGUAAAGAGAAGAACAUCCCCUUUUUGCUCAUUUCUUGUGUUUUAUUUAUUGUUCUUACAGUUGAGCUAUUGUCAGGUGAUUUCCAAGCUUUUUAAAAGAGGCUAGAUAAAUGGUUGAGAAAUCGGGAUCAAAAAUAAUCUUAUACGUAGUGUAACACCUGCAGGUUCUUUAUACUCUCCAGAAACAGAAAAGGAAAACAUUAAAAAUAAAAAAAUAAAUAGGUAGCUUUCCACUUCAUG